GAAGGCUGCUGACUGCAGGCAAAGAGUCGACCUUGCUCUCUCUGCGCUAUUUCUCCAAACACUUGGACGAUGUCGAGACCUCCGUCGACGUUAACGGCUCUGCAACUACGAAAGCUUCUACUUCGUUGCUUCUCUUCUUCUUCGGCCAGAGCUCAUGAGCUCUCUCAACUUCCGCCUUCUCCUCCCUUGCUCCAACGCUCUUCCCUCUCUUCUCUGCUUGGAUGUCCAUUGACUAGAGGUGCUCAUGAUUAUCUUCUACACCCUUUCUUUUCUUCCUCCAGAACCCUUGCAACCCAACCUUCGCACCACAAGAGCAAAGUGAUUCAGAACGAAGAUCAGAUUGCUCAAGCAAUUUCACAGGAGAUUCUCAAAGACCCCAACGCAGAGUCUCUCUCUCUGAGCCAGAGACUUGAUCUACAUUUCUCUCACAUUCGUCCAACUCCUUCGCUGCUACUUCAAGUCCUCAAUCAAUCUCCAGAUGCUGGACGUACAGCCCUGGGGUUUCAUCAGUGGUUUUCGACUCGACCCGGUUUCAAGCAAGACGACGAGACGACCUCAUAUCUCGUCGAUUACUUAGGCCGCAGGAAGGAUUUCAAGGCAAUCCACGAUGUCCUCGUCAAUGCUCGCGGCGUCACUGGUCUCAAAACCCUAGCUUCAACCAUCGAUCGCCUUGUCAGAGCAGGCAGACCUACGCAAGCUGUCUCUUUCUUUGAGAAGAUGGAGGUGGAAUGCGGUUUUGUUCGUGAUCGCGAAUCUCUUAAAAUGGUCCUAUCAGCACUCUGUGAACACGGUUUUGCCAGUUAUGCGGAGAAGAUGGUGAAGGAUCUCGCUAAUCAGUUCUUCCCCGAUGAGUCUAUAUGUGAUAUGCUCAUCAAGGGAUGGUGUGUUGAUGGGAAAAUCGAUGAGGCGAGGAGAUUAGCGGGAGAGAUUUAUCGCGGAGGCUUUGAGCUUGGUCCAAUGGCUUACAAUGCGAUGCUUGACUGUGUAUGUAAACUUUGCAGGCUUAAGGAUCCUUUCAGGCUCCAGUCUGAAGCCGAGAAGGUUCUCCUUGAUAUGGAUAUCGCUGGAGUGCCACGCAAUGUGGAGACAUUCAAUGUGCUCAUAACUAAUUUGUGCAAGAUUCGUAAGACCUCAGAGGCACUUAACCUGUUCGACAGAAUGAGCGAGUGGGGUUGCUCUCCUGAUGCCACAACUUUUCUUGUCCUUACGAGGAGUCUCUAUCAAGCUGCGAGGAUUGGUGAGGGGGAUGAGAUGAUUGACCGGAUGAAAUCUGCAGGGUAUGGGGUUGAUCUCGACAAGAAAGCAUAUUAUGGAUUCCUUAAAAUCUUGUGUGGAAUAGAACGAAUUGAGCACGCAAUGAAAAUAUUUAAGAUGAUGAAGCAGGAUGGCUGCAAAUCUGGGAUCAAGACUUAUGACUUGCUAAUGGGGAAAUUGUGUGCUCAUGGUAUGGUUGAUAGAGCAAAUGCUAUAUUCAAUGAAGCUAAGAGGAGAGGGUUACCUGUGACCCCCAAGGUGUAUAAAUUGGAUACAAGAUUUGCGAAGAAACCAAAGGUCAAGAAAAGUGAGAAGCCGAAGAGGUUGACACUGCCAGAGAAAAUGGCAUUGAAGAGGAAGCGUCUUAGAAAACUUCGACUAAGCUUCGUGAAGAAACCAAAGAAAAUGAUGCGGCGGGCCUAUUGAUCACAUCCAGAGUUUGUGUGAGGUGACAGUCAUCAAUGAAAUGCUACAAAAUGGAUCAAAGUUCUUUUGAAGAAUUUAAGCAUUGUGUGCUUCGUCGUGCUUUUCUUCUAGUCAUGGAAACAAUAGUGAUCAGUAUUUAGUUCAGAAUAGAUUCAUUCAGCUCACAAUAUUUUUUCUUCGGUAUGCAUUUUGUGAUUUCAUACUAAGCAGCUGAUAAAUGCCUGUGCCAGCAUUUUAAUCC